GGCCCCACAAAUCAUAUGGCCAGAAUUGGAGCGAGUGUAAAAUAGCAAGAACCCAGUAAACAUACUACAACUCGAUUAACAGGACGGAUUAGCGGGCGCUGAGUAUUGGCGGUCAGUGAGAGGCAUGGAGACUGUUAUUGGGACUUCGGAAUCUAACGGGCCCGUGAAGGUGCGGAACCCUCACAUCAAAUCCCUCAGUGUCGAUCAUCUAUAUCACAUCGCCCUGGACACCUCCGACAUCGACAAGCUCGAGAGCAUCUUCGGGGAUGUCAAGUUCGUAUGUUUUGGAGGCCAACCUUCCCGGAUGGAGGGAUUUGUGAAGUAUAUUAAUAAGGAACUAGGCCUCGACACACAUGGUCCCUGUCCACAAAACUACGCUGCCGGGACUGACCGCUAUUGUGUGUAUAAGGCUGGGCCUGUCCUGUCUGUAAGCCACGGAAUCGGGAUACCCUCCCUGUCAAUUGUGUUCAAUGAAAUCCUCAAACUCAUGCACUACGCCAAAUGCCGUGACGUCACAUUUUUUAGAAUAGGAACUUGUGGCGGAAUUGGUCUGGAGCCCGGCAGUGUAGUACUUACAGAGAAGGCAGUAGACGGAGAGUUUUCACACUUCUACAAAAUGUUCAUCCUCGGGAAGAGGGUGGAGAGGCCAGCUAUCGUAGAUGAGAGCCUCGUCCAGGAUCUGGAGGCGUGUGCCAGGGAGGACGAUGAAUUCCGAACCGUCAGAGGCAUUACGAUGUGUACUGAAGACUUUUAUGAAUGUCAGGCCAGGUUGGAUGGCGCCUUCUGUGACUUCAAUGAACAGGACAAGAUGGCAUUUAUGCAGACGUUGAAAGAAAAUAAUAUCUGUAACAUCGAAAUGGAAUCUCUGGGGUUCCUGGCGUUAUGUCGACAUGCAGGGAUCAAAGGAGCUGUGGCGUGUGUGACAUUACUUGACCGCCUGGAGCAGGACUACAUCACAGUGGAUAUCCCAAAACUCAAGAAAUGGCAAGUCAGGGCCCAGACGUUAAUCCUUCGCUACAUAAAGAAGAAGUUAGGCAUCGAGUGCGGGCUAAUACCUAGCCUGGUGUACCCACAAACAAUAUGGUGCUAUUAAAUAGACAGUAUUCUGGUGAUGAUUACAUAGUUAUUAUAUUACUCAACGUACCUUUAACAUUACAGGCCAUAACAUUUAAAGUAUAGUAUCAAAUGAUAUUGGUUCUAGUAAGAAAUAGGACAUCAAGGUAAACCAUAUUUUAUCAGAAUAAAUAAUUAUAUUCUACAUAAUGAUAUAGAAAUCAAAUACAGACAAACCUGUCUUUACACUAAAUUUGUAAAGUAUAUGGCUAAUAUGACAGUGUUUGGGUGAAGUCAGUGUUGGCAAUGACAGUGGACCAUGUCGUAGUUCUGUUGGAUAUGGUCGGAUGUUCCAGGAUGUCGUUAAAAUCAGUGGUCGGUAAAGUCGGGUUUCACUGUACUAUGCUUUACAAAAGUAAACAUUUCCAAAAGGUUUUCCUCAUCAACAAAGUUUAUACGGAUGAAUUGUAAACUUACAGCACUGCCGUUUUUCUAGCAGGAAUUUUGUAUCCUCAGGUCUGUAAGAUUGUCUCUGAAUUCCUCAGGUAUAUUUGCACCUUAGCGUCUUUCUGUACGCGUGUUAUGGGGCCAGAUUUAACAAUAUACUAAGGAUUUGCUGAAGAUAUCGUCUAUGUAUUAAUAUAGUAUUGAUCAUGUUAGAAUUGGUUUGGUCAUCCUAAAUAGUGAGCUUGACAGUGAUGUUUAUUAUCAGAUACUGAGAAGUGUGCCGGGCAGCUAGGAGGUUUUUUGGGUACAUAUCUAUGUCGAGUACCUUGUUUAAUAUGUUUCCUGGAUUUAUAUUAUAUUGAACUGGUCAAAUGAUAUGUUGCCUAAAUUAUACUAGACGCACACUUUAUAACCUGGAUUUAUGUUAUAAUUAUGCUAGUCACUAUGUUACCUGGAUUUACCUGUAUGGUUAUUACCUGGUGUUUACAUUAUCUUGUGCUUGAGAGUUACUUUACCACUGUUUUUACAUUUUCCUACUUUAUAACUUAUUUAGUGUUCCAGUAUGAUAAUUAUUUUAACAGCUACCAGAUAUUACGAUAUCAUUGUCCCCGUGGAUUACCUUGUUACACCCAGACAUUUGUAAGAUAAAUUAACAUCUUGUGUCUAGUCAGUUUACCAAACGUUCGUCUCAUUUGCUGAAUUAUUUUUCUAAGGCUGGAGAUCAUCUAUGGAGGGUUUAUAAUCUCACACAUUGUACCAUUUGGUCUGUAGUAUGAACAGGUAAAGUCCGAUCUUCUUGUACAUCAACAUACUUAAAAUGCUACUGGAAUAUUCUAGUCAUAAAUAAAGUGGGUUUUAAAGGGAAAAGUAGGCGGUGAUGUAUGUCGUCGGGAAUACAUGACAAGUAUGACGGAAUUAGGGCCAGCAGAUGUGAUAAGUAGGAACAUGACGUCAGAUUCAAAAAUAGUUGUUUAUAGAACGCUAUUUUCAUGAUAUCUUGGUGUUGACGAGUUGACCUACGUAUACGAGUUCAUAUGCCCACAGUCGUCUCCUUAAAGUAGUAUAUCUAUAGAAAUCUUAUCUUUAUUUUUAUUAUUUUAAAGUUGAGAACGCAAAAUCCUGUCGAUUUCCUCAUCAUAUUGUAUUUGAAACAGAUUAAAACAGACCGACCCGGCUUAUACACAAACGUCUGCUUUUGGUUAGUAUUUAUAGAAAAAAAAGAUUAGCCCCUUUGUGUUCGAUUACCGACGAUAAAAAAAACCCUUAUGGGUGGGUAAUUUUGGUAAACUUAAGUUCCACACUCAUUGGAAUGUGUUUAGAUAUACGUAUUGUUUCGUGCCGACACGGGCAUUAUAUCGUUGUAGAAUGCAUGAACUGAUAAUUUAUAGCCGUACGUGAUUAUUAUUGAUACAUGUGUGUUAUAUGUGAUGUAUAUUUUAUUUCUCAGUGUGGUAAUAAAGCACGUGAUGAACAUGUA